AUGGUACCUGGAUCGCUGGAACGGAGAUGCGGUUUUCCGGCCGUGGGUCUUCCGUCAAUGGUCUGGCCGGUUUCCGGCAACUGGAGUCUGGAUUCCUGCCCUUUGAAGAAGAUGAAGUUCGAAGAAAGAGGAGAUAGGCUAACUGGGCUAUGGAGGAAAUCGAUCUCUUUUCAGUUCUGUGUGUUUUUAUAUGUUUUCGAUAAUUCUUCUGCAGUUCGUUAUGAGCAUGCAUACAUACAGUCGUGGCCUAUGAAAGAAUUUAAGUUAUGGAGAUGGAUGGGGAUGAAGGGAAAGAUGAUGAAACAACUGCCAUUUAUGGGAUUAAUUACUAUGGUUAUGUUAUUGGUUGUUUAUAGAACAACCAAUUAUCAAUAUCAUCAGACAGAGAUAGAGUCAAGAUUGUAUCCUUUCUACACAUCCAAAGAUUUUGGUGUGAAUUCUGAACGGUUGAAUGGUUUGCCACGAGGAAUUGUACAACCGCGGUCUGAUUUAGAGAUGAUGAAUCCUAUGUGGUCAUCUAGAAGUUCUAGGGUUGAUGCAUCCAAGUCACACAACUUGUUGGCUAUGCCAGUUGGUGUAAAACAGAAGAGAAAUGUCGAUACUGUUGUGAAGAAGUUUCUUGCGGAGAACUUUACAGUUAUGUUAUUUCACUACGAUGAUCACGUUAAUGAUUGGGGUGAUUUGCAGUGGAGUAAGGAUGCCAUACACAUUUCAGCAAAUAACCAAACAAAAUGGUGGUUUGCUAAACGGUUUCUACAUCCUUCUGUUGUUACGAUUUACGAUUACAUAUUUAUUUGGGAUGAAGAUUUAGGAGUGGAGAACUUCCAUCCUGGGAGGUACUUACAAAUUGUAAGAUCAGAAGGGCUUGAGAUAUCUCAGCCAGCUUUAGACCCAAAUUCAACUGGUAUACAUCAUAGACUUACAAAGAAUAUGGGAAGAUAG